AAAAAAAAAAAAAAAAAGAAAAUUCCACCUAGAGAUAGAGGAGAUUCACGAAGUAAAAGAGAAGACCAGCGCAGGUUGGGGUAGAGAGGAGAGGGUUAAAAACCGAUGGUGGAGUGGAAUAAGCAAAGAAGUGACGGAGGACUGCAGGGCAUUAGCUGGAGGAUUGAGGAGCGGUACCAGCAACAGCAACAGCAACAGCAACAGCACGAGAAUAAGAAGAAGUCAAGAGACAGAAAGACAGAGACAGAGGAACAGAGAGAGAUAGAGAGAGAGAAGGAGAAAAAGAAAAAGAAGAAAAAACGAAAGCAAAAGCAGACGAGGUAUGUAAGGGAAGGAAAAAGAAACGAGAAAAAACACCUCCUUUUAAAUUAUAUUAGAAGUGAUACAUCUUGUCUGCCCCUCUCCGCGUCUCUUAUACUUAUUCUCUCCUUCCCUCUCUCUCUCUCUCUCCCUCCUCCGUGUCUCUCCCUAUCCCUCCAUGCCUAUGUCUCCGUCAGGUCAUGUUCCUCACAUUUGAACGACAGCAAGCAGAGUGUCUGUGUCGACUGCAGCAGAGAAAAAGGGCGGGCCGCAGACACAGCGCCUGCAGCAAGUCGACAUGUCGGACAAGAUUUAGAGCGUCCCACAUCGACAAUCCCACGGACUAGGUUGACGAGGAUCACCGGCAGUAGUAUCUACAAUUCCUGCGCCCCCCUCCCCAACCCUCAAAAAGCGAGGCUCUUGACCAACGGACGCACGAACAUUGGACGAACGCUGGCACACUAAAGUCACAUGAUUGAAAGGGCAUGCGGAUAGCCAGCGCGAACCUGCAGGAGGAGUUGCGACGAAAGACGAAGGAUUGGUAGA